AUGGAUAAUAACAAGAAGAGAAAUUGUUCAAGUGAUGAAGGUAGCAUGUCUUGUGGAGAAAGAAGAGUGAAACCAAAGACCAUAAAGGAAAAAGAAUCAUCACAAUCACCAAAAUUGUCUAUCCAUAUCAUGGAAAAGAUCACAAAGUUGAAUGGUACUAAUGUAAGGUAUGUUAUGUGCAAGAAGUUGUUUAAAACCGAUCUCAAUGUAAAUAACAAUCGUCUUUCAAUGCCACUUAAAAAAAUCAAAUGUGAUUUUCUUACUGAGAUAGAGAAGAAUAUAUUGGAUACAAAGGAAGAAGAUAAACCUCUUGGGUUGGAAGUGAUUGUGUUGGAUCCUUCGUUUAGAGAAUUCACUAUGUCUUUGAAAUUGUGGAAGAUGCCCAAAAAAUCGAAGAUGCACUCAACUUGUGUUUAUAAUCUUAUUAAGAAUUGGAGGUUUCUUGUGUCGCAAAAUAAUUUCAAAGAGGAUCAAGAACUCAACAUUUGGUCAUUUAGGGUCAAUGGCAAACUACACUUCUUACUCGACGAUUAG